GGGAACCUCUCCACGCGCACGAACUCCGCCAACGAUUUCUGAUAGAUUUUUGGGAGUUUGACCAGAGGUGCAGGGUGUGAAGGAGCGCUUCCUACCUCUAGGGAACUUUGGGGACAGAGCGCCCCGGCCGCCUGAUGGCCGAGGCAGGGUGCGACCCAGGACCCAGGACGGCGUCGGGAACCAUACCAUGGCCCGGAUCCCCAAGACCCUAAGGUUCGUCGUCGUCAUCGUCGCUGUCCUGCUGCCAGUCCUAGCUUACUCUGCCACCACUGCCUGGCAGGAAGAAGUUCCCCAGCAGACAGUGACCCCACAGCAACAGAGGCACAGCUUCAAGGGGGAGGAGUGUCCAGCAGGAUCUCAUAGAUCAGAACAUACUGGAGCCUGUAACCCGUGCACAGAGGGUGUGGAUUACACAAACGCUUCCAACAAUUUGUUUUCUUGUCUCCCAUGUACAGUUUGUAAAUCAGAUCAAAAAAAUAAAAGUUCCUGCACCAUGACCAGAGACACAGUGUGUCAGUGUGAAGAAGGCACCUUCUGGAAUGAAAACUCCCCUGAGAUGUGCCGGAAGUGCAGCAGGUGCCCUAGUGGGGAAGUCCAAGUCAGUAAUUGUACGUCCUGGGAUGAUAUCCAGUGUGUUGAAGAAUUUGGUGCCAAUGCCACUGUGGAAACCCCAGCUGCUGAAGAGACAAUGAACAUCAGCCCGGGGACUCCUGGCUUUUCUCAUUUCCUCUCAUGCAUCAUCGUAGGGAUCAUAGUUCUAAUUGUGCUUUUGAUUGUGUUUGUUUGAAAGACUUCACUGUGGAAGAAAUUCCUUCCUUACCUGAAAGGUUCAGGUAGGCGCUGGCUGAGGGCAGGGGCGCUGGACACUCUCUGCCCUGCCUCCCUCUGCUGUGUUCCCACAGACAGAAACGCCUGCCCCUGCCCCAAGUCCUGGUGUCUCCAGCCUGGCUCUAUCCUCCUCCUUGUGAUCGUCCCAUCCCCACAUCCCGUGCACACCCCAGGACCCUGGUCUCAUCAGUUCCUCUCCUGGAGCUGGGGGUCCACACAUCUCCCAGCCAAGUCCAGGAGGGCAGGGCCAGUUCCUCCCAUCUUCAGGCCCAGACAGGCAGGGGGCAGCUGGCUCCUCAAGUGGGUGACAACAGUGAGGAUGAGAAGUGGUCGUGGGAUUUAUUCAUCCUUGGUCAGAGCAGAACACAGAGAUUUUCCACGUGUUGGUUUUUACUCUAGUUCCCCUUCUCAUCCCCCUUCCUCAGGGUGUCCCCUAAUUGCAAGGCCCCAUUCCUGUCCCCAGCCCCAGUGCUCCUUGUCCAGUGUCCCAGCCCCCAGCCCAGCCCUGUGCCCCACUGUCCUCUGGGAGGGAGGUGCUUCAUGGGCCCCUCCCCGCCUGCUAAGGAGACUCAUUCUCUUCCAGGUGGCGAAAGGGCCCCUGAGCGUGUAGACAGAGUGACUUGGUUUCUCCAGAAACUAGAAGCCUCAUGGGCUGAGGAACUGCCUCCCACCCACAGCAGAGCCCGAGUGGGCACAAUCCCUUCUCCUCAUGGCUGCUCUGACUCUCUGAAGUGGCUUGGGGUUCUGGGCUGACUGUAGGGGACACAUGGCCAUCUUGAGCAUCACACAGACCGGUGGGUCCUGCUGCAGUCCUGUCCUUCCUGCAGUCUUCACUCCACAGCCUCACUCCACAGUGAGUGACCCUCACUGGACACCCUCACUCCACAGCCUGCACCCUGAGGAUGGGAUGUCCGCCUGAGCACAGCAUCGGGGCCGGGCCCCAGCAGCAGGUCCUGGAUGUGCUGAGAUUCGGCUGCCUGGGUUGACCUCAUUGGGAGGAGGUGGGGACGGCAGGUCCAUCUGCGCACUGGGGACCCUGCAGCAAGCCCUGGAUGUGGACUCCUGAGUCACUUCUUUGCCUUUCUGAGGUCUUUUUCCGGCACUCACGUCGCCCACCAAGGCCUGGGGUGAGAACAAUGCCCACAAGGAGACCCUGAGUAACAGAGACUCGCAGCCCAUCCAGGUCUCUGGGCAGGAAAUUGAAGGAAUCAUCACAUUUUACAGAGGAGGAGACUGCAGCUCAGAGUGGGGGAAGUGUGUGCACCAGGCCACAGGCAAGUCUGUCCAGAGCACUGGUAGGAAUGAGGGGAACUAGGAAUGACCACUUUAAAAAGUUAGAUGAGAAGAAUUUCAAGGCCGGGUGCAGUGGCUCACGCCUGUAAUCCCAGCACUUUGGGAGGCGGAGAUGGGCGGAUCACGAGGUUAGGAGAUUGAGACC